AUGGGAGCGUUUAAUUUUUAUAUAAGCAAGGAUUUUAAUCCUAUAGCUCCACUCUCUACUUCGGUAACUCAAACUCCGGUCCAAACUCUGACUCCAAUUCCGGUUGAUCUAACUGAAGAAAAACUUGAACGAGCUAUUUUGGCUUUCAAUAAUGAAAUAAAUAAAUUCGUACCAAGAAGAGGAGAGUUCGUGAGUUUGGUAACUAUUAAUUCACGAGAUAUAUCAGUGUAA